UUAGUCAUUUCGGUUCGUUCGUUCGCUUGGCCAACACAUCCCCCAGAGCAGAGAACCUAAGACACGAGAAACGCGCCGCCGCCGCUGCGUAUCAGUUCUAACGGUAGUUCCGAAACUUCCUCCGCGUCGCGUUAUAGCAGUCUCAGUUACAGUUGCAGUCAGCAUUCCAAAACCAAGUACGUGUAGCAGUGUCAAAUAUCGGUGCAAAGCUUCUCCGCAAUCUCGUAACCCCGAUCUCCGAGCUCCGAUCACCGAUUACACAAUGUGCCUUUCCUCGCCAUCACUAGCGCCCGGCCAAAGCCAGGCAACCGAGAGCCAAUGCAACGGGUCAUGCAGCCUGGACAAGAAUGGGAACCGCAGCAGCACCACCACCACUAGCAGCAGCAGCAUUAACGGAGAGCUAAAGCACAGAGGCCACUCCACAGAGGAUAGACAGACCAAAGGGCCCAAGAGGGAGAUAGACGAUAAUUUAGGUUAUAAGGAGGAAAAUGCCGUGUAUAAGGAGAACCCCGAGAAGGGCCAGAAGAUGCAGGAGCAGCAGCAGCAGCAACUGCAGGAUAAAGAGGAGGAGGUGUACAAGCCACAGAUCAGAUGGCCCGAUCUGGGGGCCCAGACCUUCCUGCACGUUGGUGCCCUCUACGGCGUCUACCUGCUCUUCUACGCUAAGUUCUACACAUUCCUCUGGGUGGUUGGCACCAUCUGGGUAUCGGGCAUUGGGAUCACGGCGGGUGCGCAUCGUCUCUGGUCGCACAAAUCCUACACGGCCUCCUGGGUUCUGCGUGUUCUGCUCGCGUUCGCCUUCUCCAUAGCUGGUCAGCGUGAUGCCUACACAUGGGCCCUGGACCAUAGGAUACACCAUAAAUUCACAGAGACGGACGCAGAUCCUCACAAUGCGAAGCGCGGCUUCUUCUUCGCUCACGUGGGCUGGUUGUUCCUCACCCCCCACCCGAAGGUUGUGGCAAAGCGGAAGGUGAUCGACAUGUCGGAUCUGGAGGCCGACGCUGUGUGCAUGUUCCAGAGAAAGUACUACAUUCCGCUCUUCGCCCUCUGCUCGAUCAUUCUGCCCGUGUGCGUGCCAUGGUACUUCUGGGGCGAGAGCCUCUGGAUGUCCUUCUGGAUUAACUUCAACAUGCGAUUCACUUGGACCCUCAACGUGGCCUUUUUCGUGAACAGCGUGGCUCACAUGUAUGGCAACAGGCCAUACGAUAAGAAUAUCAUGUCCGUAGAGACGCCCAUCGUCUCACUGCUGGCCAUGGGCGAGGGAUGGCACAACUACCACCACGUGUUCCCCUGGGAUUACAAGACGGGAGAGUUCGGCAACUACAGCCUAAACGUGACAACGGGCUUUAUUGACUUUUGCGCCCGCCUCGGUUUGGCCAGUGGACGCAAAGUUGUUUCCCCCGACAUGGUGAAGCGACGCGCGGCAAAGUGUGGGGACGGAACACGUUUCCUGGACGACGAUUUCGCCCAUAAGGAUCAAGUUUGGGGCUUCGGGGACAAGGACUUGCCGCGAGAGGACCUCGCCGAGCUGGCCAAGAUGCAGAAUUGAGGGUUCGAGCUCUGGCACUGUAUUAUCUUUGCAACCUGUGGUUUCAAUAGUUUUAAGUUUAAGUUGCACCAGUCGCCUCAUCCCAGUCCCAGUCCCAGUCCUAUGACCAAUCCCAUAAAUCCCCGUCUGAGCACAAGUUCGCCGUUGCUUUCGUUACUUACCCGAUAGUACUCGGGUCAAUAAACUAUGUUUUGUAUUAAACCAAA